UAUUGCAAUCAUAAGAAAUUGUUACAAUUUGACGGCUGCCAUUGAAUUGAAUCUGGAGUUUGUGAAUCAAGAGAACAUUUUCUUUUCAUUUUUCGCAAUUCGCCAUGGACGCUCACCACGCAUCCUUAGGUCGACGAACGCUGGAAGAGAUUCGGCAAAAAAGAGCGGCCGAGAGAUUGAGCAAAGCUUCUUCUGGACCAGAUCUGAGUACAGCCUCCAAAUCAAAUGAAGUUUCUGGUAUUAGAAAAUCAGAGAGCGGAAGUCGAUUCUCAGAGAUCGAUGUGGGUAGUUUAGUGUCUCAGAUACAAGAUUUGCAGAAGAAGAAUGCGGAAUUAGAAGCAGAAAAGAAUGUCAUAAGCUCGAAGCUUCAAUCCAAGGAGGCUGAGAAUGACAUGCUUCAAAAGCGAUUGAAUGAACUGGAGACAAGCACUGUCCCUUCUUUAAGGAAAGCUCUGAAAGAUGUAGCCAUGGAGAAAGACGCAGCAGUCGUUGCCCGGGAGGAUCUGUUGGCCCAGCUCCGCACUGUACGAAAACAAUUGAAGGAAGCAGAGGAGGAACAAUAUCGAGCUGAAGAAGAUGCUGCAGCCUUGAGAGCCGAAUUAAACUCAGUACAACAACAAGCAACGAGUGGCUCUUUUGCUGGAACCACACCAACUACUAAUCCUUUUGACCAGAUGCAAGAUUUAGAAAAGGAAAUAUCUAAACUAAAUUCUGAGUUGCAGAAAAUGUCAAUCUUGAGGCAGCAAGAUCUUCAAAAAUUAUCGGAGGAGCAAUCUCGUAUUUCAAACCUGCUUUCUGAAAAGCAGGAACUUGAAGAAAAGCUUGCAAGUACGUCCAGAAAGGCCUCAGAGAUCUCAGAGAAGGCCGUGGAGAAGACAUUCUCAGUUGAAGAGAAGAACAAGCUUGAGAAGCAGUUGCAUGACAUGGCUGUUGUGAUCGAGAGGUUGGAGAGUAGUAGGCAGAAGCUUCUGAUGGAAAUUGAUUCACAAUCUUCUGAAAUAGAGAGGCUCUUUGAGGAAAAUUCUACUCUAUCCAACUCUUACCAUGAGGCUGUGGGCAUAGGAGUACACUGGGAGAAUCAGGUGAAAGACUGUCUAAAGCAAAAUGAAGCACUUCGCAGAGUUCUAGACGAGUUGAGAACAGAACAAGCAAGGAGUCUGCCGAUAUCAUAUAGAGAUGGGGCAGUUGAGACCCAGACUCCUUCAUUAACAGCUGAACUUCUCUCUCUCAAGGGUCAACUUGCAAAAGAACAGAGCAGAGCAGAGUCACUAUCGGCAGAAGUAUUGGAGCUGUCGACACGACUCCAGCAGGCUACACAAGCAUACAACGGGCUUACACGCCUCUAUAAGCCAGUACUGCGGAAUAUUGAAAGCAGCCUUUUUAAGAUGAAGCAAGAUGGAUCUGUUGUUGUAAGCUGAAUACAUCUGUAUGCCCUUGGAAAUUUGCAUAGAAACUCUUUGGUCAAAAUCAGCGUGUCUGAAGUUGAACAAGCAUAGCAUGGACGAGGUUCGAUGUAAGGUUUAUCAUAUGUCGCAUAUUUUUUCAUUUUGUAAGAAAAUUUAUACCCACACCAACCAACAGGCCCUUUUGGGAAUGUCCUUUUUAGCUUUUUGGUAGAUUCCAAACCAAAGCUACAGUAUAAUCAUAUUCAGUUUGUUUAUUGAACUCAAUAGAUCAUUCUUUUAACAAUUUACAUGUUCUAUUCCGUGAAAUUUUUUGCUUUUAACUUGUGGAAUCUUGAAGAUGAUUUAUUUGAUGGAGAGCCACAAUCAACUUUACCAUUUGAUCACAGUAGCGGAUCAAAUUAUUGUAGAAAAUGACAGGCCCAAUUGAAGGCCUUACAUGCCAUUUUCGUCGAUCUAUAAUCUUAUCUAUAGACAAAUCUAUUACUUAUUCAUUAAUUUCUCUUUUAAAUUAUGAUUUUAGCAAGGAUUAAACUGAUUUCAAGUUCCCAAUCAUCAAAUUAUUUGUACAAACAUAAAAGUUAUUCUCAGCUAUUAUUUUGUCCAAUAAAGCUUAGCUGGAUUGCACCAAUUGGGCAAAUUUCCCCUACAAAUCACUUUAGAGUAAAGAGGGGGGAAAAGAAAGGGGAGAAGACAGCAACACAAAAAAGUUGAUAGAGUGGCUCAAAAUCUCCCUGUUUUGAUAUUUAUUGAUACUUAUUAACAAAGCUUUGUACAGGUUGGCGAAAGGAACUCUUACUAUAAUUAUAGAUUCAAUGAGGAAGACAUAAGCAGGGAAAGAAGCUCAACUAUGGAGUCCUCAUCAAAGAUCUGUUUCUGUAUUCCUCGUCAUAAAAAUGGCCACAAAGCUGAUGGAGGAUCGGAGAAAUCUUCCAAAUCUAAGCCUUCUCGUCGCAAAUCUCGUCGAGGCUCAAAAGAAGGUAAGCAUUCCUCUGGUAGUGAUAGUAGUGGAAAUGGAAACUCAGGUGAUGCAGGUGCAGCCAGUGCCACUGCCGUGGCUGCUGUUGCGGUCACAGCAGUGACCAUGGAUGCAUUGGACGAUGACGGUGGCAGUACACAUGUCCACGGUGGUGAGGGAGGCAGCGGAGGGGCUGGUGGAGACUAGGAAAUUGGAGGAUUGGAGUGUUUAUUUAUUCUUUUUGCCUUUUCUCAUUGCAUCUGUUUGGUGGUGAUUCCCUUCUGAUGGUUCUUUCUGAAUUUUGGUUGAUGUGUGGAAAUUUUAUCUUUGUUUGAAUUACAUUAUAUGAUUAUGACUAUUUGGGUCUUAAUUUCUUCUGCGCUAUAUAUAUACAUAUAGAAAACUUUGUACA